AUGAACGGUUCGGCCGAGGUGUCCUCCGUUCGGGCGGUUGGGGCGGCCCCGGGAAUUAGUGCCACCGAUUUGUUUCCACUUUCCCGCUGGGUCCCGUUCUGAGGAUAGGCCCUUAUUCUCGGGUUUCGGGGUGAUGUUUCUCAGGGUUUGCUCGGUGGCUACUCCCACGCCGCCCGUGAUUUUGCAUACUAUUUGCGCAGUUGUGGCCUUUCCCAAGUGGGCGUCUUUAGCUUUCUUCCGUUCCGGUUGGGGAUACGGACAGGGGCGCGUCCUGUCUGUUCAUCACCAAAACCCGCCCGACAGCACCACCACCAUAAAAAGCAGGAGAGAAGCGCCCGAAAACCUAACCAGUCGGUCAGCAGGAGACCCCUGCAGGGGGAACCCCCUCGGAGUUCCACUCCGGGGGCUGGGGUAAAGAUACACCGGGCCCAACCCCUCCCAGCCGCCGUUCCCCCGACUAGGAGCCGCUUUCCCCCGGGGCUUCGGGACGCGGGGGUAGGGGUUUGUCCAGGCGGCUUCCUGCCACAGUCAGGGCCAGGCAUGAGGCGGCCCCUUCGGGGUCAAGUUCUGAUUCCAACGCGAGUAAGGUCACGCACGCCAUUACUACCCAUUUCCCCGGUUAGGGCGGUGUUCGCAUCCCCGGAGGGGAAAGGGGCGGGAGGUUUGUCUUCUUAGGCGGGGAGGGGUCCCAAUUGUCAAUCUUCACGGCAGAUUGUUGGUACGGGCUCAGAUUAGAUGUAGCCUCAGGGAAGGGCGUGUCGGGAGCGCCUUGUCGGGGAGCGUUCACUUUCGAAGUGGUGACAGCAAUUAGGUGGAAAGUUGGGAAACGGGGGGGGGUCAGGGGGCCCGUCCAUCCACCCAGGAACGGGUGUCCUAGGGAAAUCGGGGGGCGGCGAAGGUAGGAGGAGGGGAGAGGGGGGGCCCCCGCAAAAUGGGGGGGCACACGCCCAGGGGGGGAGGCACCUCGGGAGUGCGAGGUGGCACUGGGGUUUCCCGGGAAGGGCCCCACAUCACCCAGGUAGUUGCCUUUUAGCCGUUUUUUCCGCAGUGGACUUUCCGGUGGCCUGGGGUAGUUAGGCCGGGGCUGGAAUUCAGGUGGUUGUUUGAGUAGUGUUUUUUGGUAAGUUGUUGGGUUACCCCCUUGUGCCUUGGGGGUUCGGGCAGGGGCCCACUAGAUGUGUCCGGGGGGUCAUCAGGAGAAAAGGCAAUUUUUGAUUGACUCUCCUGCGAUACCGGUGGUGCUGGCAUGCCCUGGUUAAGAUACCCAUAACCCCGUAUUUCGUGGCAGGAGAGGGCUCUGAAGGAGUGGUCUGCUCAGUUGUGUGGGUAGAUGUUUGGGCGUUUCCUUAGGGGCUACCUCGGUGGAAAGUCCAAACCAGGUGCCCGCAUUGCAACAUCCACUGAGUAUGGGGAUCUGGCUAUCGCGUUUAGUAAGGCGAGUGGCGACGCGAUUGCCACCCCAUAGGCAGGGGGGAUUGUGCGAUAGACCUUCAGGCAGGAGCUGCGUCCCACGGAGUCAUGUGUAUCCUCUGUCUCAGGAGGAGAAGAAGAAAGCUAUGGAGGUUUACAUAGACGAAUCACUGAGACAAGGAUACAUACGGCCGUCCACUUCCCCCGCGUCCUCGAGUUUCUUUUUCGUGAAGAAGAAGGAUGGGGGGUUGCGUCCGUGCAUCGACUACCGUGGUCUCAAUCAGAUUACGGUGAAGUAUAGUUAUCCACUCCCGCUGAUUGCGACCAUGACUGAGUCGUUGCAUGGGGCGCGUUUCUUCACGAAAUUAGAUCUCAGGAGCGCGUACAACUUGGUGCGCAUCAGGAAGGAUGAUGAAUGGAAAACAGCCUUUAGUACCACCUCGGGCCAUUACGAGUAUCUCGUCAUGCCAUACGGGUUGAUGAAUGCUCCGUCAGUUUUCCAAUCAUUCGUGGAUGAGAUCUUCAGGGACAUGCAGGGACAGGGAGUGGUGGUGUACAUAGAUGACAUCCUCGUGUACUCACCUACCCGUGUCGAGCAUGUGGCCCUGGUGCGCAGAGUGUUGCGGAGGCUGGUGGAGCACGACCUGUAUGUGAAGGCAGAGAAGUGUCUGUUUUUCCAGGAGUCGAUUUCCUUCUUGGGGUAUCAGUUGUCUGCGUCAGGGGAGAAGAUGGAGGUAGACCGAGUGUCAGCCGUGAGUAAUUGGCAAACACCAACCACUGUGAAAGAGGUGCAGCAGUUUUUGGGGUUUGCGAAUUACUACCGGAGGUUUAUCCGGGGUUUUGGGCAGGUGGCAGCUCCCAUCACGUCUCUCUUAAAGGGGGGCCCGGUGCGUCUGCAGUGGUCAGUCGAGGCGGACAGGGCUUUUAAGAAGCUGAAGGACCUGUUCACCUCGGCUCCGGUGCUGGCGCAUCCGGAUCCCUCUUUACCAUUUCAGGUAGAGGUGGACGCGUCUGAAGCCGGUAUUGGCGCCGUGCUGUCCCAACGGUCAGGCGCGCCACCUAAACUCCGCCCCGUUGCCUUCUAUUCUAAGAAGCUCAGCCCGGCGGAGCGAAAUUAUGACGUAGGGGACAGGGAGCUGUUAGCUGUGGUCCAAGCCCUUAAGGUGUGGAGGCACUGGCUUGAGGGGGCUCAACACCCUUUCCUCAUUUUGACGGACCACCGUAACCUGGAGUACAUCCGGGCAGCGAGGAGGCUGAACCCUCGACAGGCUAGAUGGAGUAUGUUUUUGACCCGUUUCUCUUUUAAGAUCACCUACAUCCCUGGGUCACAAAACGGUAAGGCAGAUGCACUGUCUCGGCGGUAUGACGGGGAGGAGAGGUCCGUGGAGCCCACUCCCAUACUGCCGGAGUCGUGUCUAGUGGCACCGGUGGUGUGGGAGCUCGAUUCUGAGCUCGAGCGGGCAUUACGCACCGACCCUAGUCCACCACAAUGCCCGGAGGGUCGGAAGUAUGUUCCGCUCGAGUGUCGGGAUCGAUUGAUCUAUUGGGCUCACACGUCACCCUCCUCUGGACAUCCGGGUAUCGGCCGGACAGUGCACUGUCUUAGUGCCAAAUAUUGGUGGCCUACGUUGGCCAGGGAUGUGAGGGUUUAUGUUUCCUCCUGCUCGGUGUGCGCCCAGUGUAAGGCGCCUAGACAUCUGCCUAGGGGUAAGUUACUACCCCUGCCCGUUCCACAACGACCAUGGUCCCACCUCUCGGUGGAUUUUAUAACUGACCUUCCCCUCUCUCAAGGGAAUACUACACUCCUGGUCGUUGUGGAUCGGUUCUCUAAGGCCUGUCGUUUGCUCCCCAUGCCGGGUCUUCCUACUGCCCUACAAACCGCCGAAGCACUAUUCACGCAUGUGUUCCGGCACUACGGGGUGCCCGAGGACAUUGUGGCUGACCGGGGUCCCCAAUUCACCUCCAGAGUCUGGAGAGCUUUUAUGGAGCGGUUGGGGGUCUCGGUGAGUCUCACCUCGGGUUACCACCCGGAGAGUAAUGGGCAGGUGGAACGCGUAAACCAGGAUGUGGGCAGGUUUCUCAGAACAUACUGCCGGGACCGGCCGGAGGAGUGGGCGAGAUAUGUGCCCUGGGCUGAGAUGGCACAGAACUCUCUUCGCCACUCCUCCACCCAACUAACCCCUUUUCAGUGUGUUUUAGGGUACCAGCCGGUUCUGGCACCAUGGCAUGAGAGCCAGAUCGAGGCCCCCGCUGUGGAUGAGUGGGUGCGGCGCUCGGAGGAGACGUGGAACGCUGCACACGUCCAUCUGCAGCGUGCCAUACGUCGACAGAAGACGAGCGCCGACCUACACCGCAGUGAGGGGCCUGUGUACGCACCUGGAGAUCGAGUCUGGCUCUCUGCCAGAAACCUGCCCCUCCGCCUGCCCUGUCGGAAACUGGGUCGGCGGUUUGUAGGGCCAUUUAAAGUCCUGAGAAGGUUGAACGAGGUUUGUUAUAGAUUACAGUUGCCAGUGGAGUAUAAAUGUAUUAACCCCUCGUUCCAUGUGUCCCUUCUCAGGCCGGUGGUAGCAGGCCCGCUCCAAGAACAUGAGAUCUUGGAGACCCCCCCCGCCCCCAUUGGACAUCGAGGGGGCACCGGCGUACACCGUGAGAUCCAUCUUGGAUUCUAGACGUCGGAGAGGGGGUCUUCAGUAUCUAGUGGAGUGGGAGGGGUACGGUCCGGAGGAGCGGUGCUGGGUGCCGAGGAGAGACAUCUUGGACCCGUCGCUCCUGACGGAAUUCCAUCGGGGGUAUCCGACGCGCCCUGCGCCGCGGCCUCCGGGUCGUCCCCAAGGCCGGAGUCGGCGCGCGUCUGGAGCCGCGCGUCAAGGGGGGGGUACUGUCACGGUUUCGGCCGAGGCUGCCUCUCUCCCUUGUUCGGGCAGGCUUCGGCGUUCGUCGUCUCCGGAAUUCUAGCUGCCACCGAUUUAUGUUUUCAUGUUCGUUUGCUUUUGUCUGUUUGUGUCACACCUGUUUCUGUUUUACGUGAUUAGUGUCCUAUAAGUUUCUCGUUGUGUUUGUCUUGUGUUGUGUGUGAUUGUUUUCGUCAGUGUUGUGUUUGCUCGGUUGAGCAUAUUUCUCUCCACUGCGCUGGAGCUCGUUUGCACUUGUUUCGUGCACUACAUAUUUUGUCGCACCUGUUUUGUGCGCAUUUUGCCUACACGCCUUGGGCGUAGUUUAGCUGUUGGGCUUUGUUGCCCUGUUGCCUGUGUUUUGGGUCGGAAUACAGCUUUUGGAACCUACCGUCUGCGUCCUGCAUCUGAUUUCCUACACCACACCUACACACGCCCUGACACUAAUUAUCAUAAAUUUACAGAAGAAUCCUCAAUCCAUCCUGGAUUCCCAACACAUCUGUAAUUAAACCCCAGUGAUGCACAUAGCCUCCAAAAUGCAAUUUUUAAUGAAUCAGUUUGCCACGCCUAUGCGAAAUGGUCAUAACAUCACAUAUCCUGUUAGGGAAAGAUUUUGUAACCAUAAUCAGUACCAAAACCUUUUUUUUUUUUUUUUUUUUUUGACUUGAUCCUCUGCCACGUGACGUGAUCACUUCCUGUAUCUCCUCGCUCCUCUCACUUAGCGUUCCUCUCAUAUGACAGAAGAACAAAGACACAACAUAACAUUUUAGUCGUUAAUGCAGUCACUGAGUAUUUCCAACCAUUCAAUAUUCGUUCGUUCUACAUUAUUCACUCUAAGACUAAACUCAGAAUUAAAUAGAUCGCUCAAAAACCCUUUUUUUAUUUUUUAUUUUAAUCCGUUAUUUAAUUAUUUAAUUCAAUCUAUUAUAAUCCGUUAUCCUAUAUUUAAUUUAAUUCAAUGCAUUAUACUUCGUCAACAUAUAUUUAAUUUAUAAAUUCAAUAGGUCCCAAAACAAGUUUCAUCUUAAUCCACCGCCGUUUAAACUAGAAUCAUCGUGUUAAAAUUUCUCCUCUGUCUAUUUUCCCUUGCAGGGUAACGCCAAAUGGGACCUAUGACCUUAAGCCACCAUUUUGUUUUGUAGGCUUAGCCAACCUCAUUUUGUAGUUUUUAUCCCCGUAAAAUCAACACGUGUCCUAAUCUCGUGUCAUAACCUCCCCUUUCUGUAGGGUAGUAUCGCAAAAUUAAACGCAUGCGCACAACCAUUCAAGCCCAUGCUUACUACAAAAUAGAACGCCAGCAUCCUACCUCAGUUUCUCUAUUUUACACUUAUAGCCAGACAAUAACACAACAUAACUCACAUUUACGCAGAACUUUCAGUUCCACCUACAUACAAACAAGUUUAAGAGGCUUGAAUCCAUCGCAGUGGACCCCUAAGGAUAUCCGUUAGCAUGUAACACGCAACACAAUUAGCAUCUAGCUUAGCCCAAGGUACACUGACACAACACACAAUUAGCAUGUAACAUUAGCAUCCACCUCAGCCACCAUAGCAACGAGGCACCACGUAGCCUAAACCAAUCCAGCCCUAGCUUCAGCCUCUAGCCAACUGCGACCUACUACACAAAUGAACAUCCCGCAUUGCACCUUUAAUUGAUUACUGUUUCCUUUGCCCUAAAUUUAUUCUGCCGUGGGUAUGGCUAUUUCAGUGAGCGACCCUCCCCAAUGCAACUAUCCCGUCGAACAGAGGUUGAGUAAGCAAUCCCCAAGAAAUUUUCAACCAACCCCCAGUCCCAGACUGAACCUGAACACUCAUAAUGCAUGUCCAGGAUUUUGGCCCACCCUGGUGGUCGCCCCGUUCGUUACGAGGUCUUAUCUAAACCACUGCAAUGCUCUAAAGAAUGCGCAUAUCUGAAUUUACCCAUCAUUGCCAUCCGUUACCAAUGAAAUAUAAACUUAUCACUCUAAAUCCUACAGUUUAAUGCUCUAAAUUCCAAUUAACUGUCGUUUCCGAUGAAAUAAAUUUAGCAGACUUCAGUCGACCAGCAACAAACACCACCUGAGGCCAGGUCAUAUGGAACAUCCCCUCAAUGUACACAAGUCAUAUCCAAUCUACCAAACUCCGAAGCGGUAAGAACACACUCACCCUUUUUCGGCCAUGCUUCAGAGAGAGUUAGGCCGGCGGUUGACUGAAACAAAGAGGAGACGCAAACCCAUGCCCCACGUUGGGCGCCAUUAUGUCGUAUAUGAUGAAUGGUGGUAAUAUUGCUGAUGAACAAAAAGUCCGUUAUGCUGCAUCGUGUCAGAAGUUUUUAUUCAUACCACGAGGUUACAGCAUAAAUUCACAGACACGCGUUGCCUGGAGAACGCCUCCCAGAUUGUUAUGGCCGUUCUGUCGUCUCAUCGUUUAACUCCUAUUUAUAAACAAUGCAAAGGGAGGGGCUACUCCCUCUUCUGGCCAAUCACCAGUCUCCCCUCGGGCGUCACCCUCCAAGCGGCACAUUUCAAAUAACAUCAUAAAACCUCCCCCCUCUGGCCUGAACCAACAUUCCAUUUCGUCAUGAAAAACAUUUAACAAAGACAUAAUCUUCAGAUACGAUAAGAGCUCAGGUGCAUUUUGCAGCAUAUUAUAACAUUCAGUGAAUGGAUACAAAGUGCCAUCUUGAGUUGAUGGGUAGGCUACAGUCUGGGAUCUGGGAAUAAUAGUCAUUUCAAUUAUUGAACCAUUGAUUCUAUUCUUGGAUAAUAUAAUGUAUAAAUGUACACCAAGGUAAUUCUUUGUCUUGCCUCAUCUGAGCAGGAUCAGAUGGUGACAGGUGUCUCAGCAGGGUCAGGCAACCAGGGAAGAUCAGUCUGUGACAGCACUGAGGAUGCAACACUCUUCUCUCUGUACAGCAAAAACUCGACAAGCCAGAAGCUUCAAAGAUUGAAACUAUUUUAAGGCAGUCUGACAAACCUCUAAAGUUUCCAAACUGGGUUGAUAGAGGCUUUUCCCGAUGACACAAAACAUGUAAAACAAAUAUUUGUGGGAGACACUAUUGAUGAUGAUGAAUGGAUACAGAUAUUUAUGAAUGCCCAGUCAUGUUCAUAUAAUCUCAGACAUAAAUUACGGCAGUUUAAGAAACUGAAUAUCAUGCACUCAGAAAUGUAGUUCCUCUGCUGGAGGUGUAAAACACAAAAGGGACACAUUUGUAUAUGUUAUGCUCUUGUGAAGGCUGGCUGAAUUCUGGCAAAGAGUAUGUUAUUUUAUCUCAGCAUGUCUACAGAUUCUCCCUUCUCCCUGUUUUUGUUUGCUUGGAAAUGUUAAUACUGGAGACUUAUCAGAAGAAACUGUGUAACCUAGCAUUUAUAGCGGCUAAGAAAUGCAUUGCCAUUAAUUGGAAGGUUGGAUAUUCUCCCACAAUGUAACAAUGGUUGGCAGAAAUGUCAAGUUACAGUUGAAGUCGGAAGCUUACAUACACCUUAGCCAAAAACAUUUAAACUCAGUUUUUCACAAUUCCUGACAUUUAAUCCUUGUAAAGAUUCCCUGUCUUAGGUCAGUUAGGAUCACCACUUUAUUUUAAGAAUGUGAAAUGUCAGAAUAAUAGUAGUAUUUAUUUCAGCUUAUAUUUCUUUCAUCACAUUCCCAGUGGGUCAGAAGUUUACAUACACUCAAUUACUAUUUGGUAGUAUUGCCUUUAAAUUGUUUAACUUGGGUCAAACGUUUUGGGUAGCCUUCCACAAGCUUCCCACAAUAAGUUGGGUGAAUGUUGGCCCAUUCCUCCUGACAGAGCUGGUGUAACUGAGUCAGGUUUGUAGGCCUCCUUGCUCGCACACGCUUUUUCAGUUCUGCCCACAAAUGUUCUAUAGGUUUGAGGUCAGGGCUUUGUGAUGGCCACUCCAAUACCUUGACUUUGUUGUCCUUAAGCCAUUUUGCCACAACUUUGGAAGUAUGCUUGGGGUCAUUGUCCAGUUGGAAGACCCAUUUGCGACCAAGCUUUAACUUCCUGACUUGAUGUCUUGAGAUGUUGCUUCAAUAUAUCCACAUAAUUUUCCUUCCUCAUGAUGUCAUCUAUUUUGUGAAGUGCACCAGUCCCUCCUGCAGCAAAGCACCCCCAUAGCAUGAUGCUGCCACCCCCGUGCUUCACGGUUGGGAUGGUGUUCUUCGGCUUGCAAGCCGCCCCCUUCUUCCUCCAAACAUAACGAUGGUCAUUAUGACCAAACAGUUCUAUUUUUGUUUCAUCAGACCAGAGGACAUUUCUCCAAAAAGGACAAUCUUUGUCCCCAUGUGAAGUUGCAAACCGUAGUCUGGCUUUUUUAUGGCGGUUUUGGAGCAGUGGCUUCUUCCUUGCUGAGCGGCCUUUCAGGUUAUGUCGAUAUAGGACUCGUUUUACUGUGGAUAUAGAUACUUCUGACCUGUUUCCUCCAGCAUCUUCACAAUGUCCUUUGCUGUUGUUCUGGGAUUGAUUUGCACCAAAGUACAUUCAACUCUAGGAGACAGAAAGCGUCUCCUUCCUGAGCGGUAUGACGGCUGCGUGGUCCCAUGGUGUUUAUACUUGCAUACUAUUGUUUGUACAGAUGAAUGUAGUACCUUCAGGCGUUUGGAAAUUGCUCCCAAGCAUGAACCAGACUUGUGGAGGUCUACAAUUGUUUUUCUGAGGUCUUGGCUGAUUUCUUUUGAUUUUCCCAUGAUGUCAAGCAAAGAGGCACUGAGUUUGAAGGUAGGCCUUGAAAUACAUCCACAGGUACAUCUCCAAUUGACUCAAAUGAUGUCAAUUAGCCUAUCAGAAGCUUCUAAAGCCAUGACAUCAUUUUCUGGAAUUUUCCAACUUCUGACCCACUGGAAUUGUGAUACAGCGAAUUAUAAGUGAAAUAAUCUGUCUGUAAACAAUUGUUGGAAAAAGUACUUGUGUCAUGCACAAAGUAGAUGUCUUAACCGACUUGCCAAAACUAUAGUUGGUUAACAAGACAUUUGUGGAGUGGUUGAAAAACAAGUUUUAAUGACUCCAACCUAAGUGUAUGUAAACUUCUGACUUCAACUGUAUGUAUCACUAGAUUUGAUUUAUUACAAGAUUAAGGGUGUACUGUGCAACUUUCAUAAGGUCUGGAUGCCUCUGGAUGCCUUAUAUGGAAUGCUGUAAGACGAAAGGAGUCUGUAUUGAAAACAUGCCCACGUCAGGGAGAUACCUAUUUAGGUCAUCCCUAGCUUCUGGGCCGCUCAGUCCUGGCCCUGGGGGUCUGCCGUCCUGUGGGUUGUCACUCUGGCCUUGGCCUUACACACCUGAAAUCAAUAAUGAAUGUUUCACUAAGAUCCUAAAGCUGAGUGGGGUGUGUUGGGGCACUGCAGGGCGGUGGACCCCUAGGGGCAGGACGGGGUGGUCCAGCUAUAUUGUGUGCAAGUAAAAACAGUACUACAGUACUAUUAGGCCUGUGAUAUGAAUGACAGUGCCCUCUGUAAUUUUUUCUUCUUUUGGCUCUAUUCUCCAAAAGUUUGGAUUUGAAAUCUAACCAUGACUAUGAAGUUAAAGUUCAAACUAUCAGCUUUCAUUUGGCUGUGUACUCCAGUACUUUGGAUUUGAAAUGGUACAAUCACUAUGAGGUUGAAGUGCAGACUGUCAGGUUUAUUUUGAAGGUAUUUUCAUCCAUAUCAGGUGAACCGCUUAGAAAUUACAGCACUGUUUGUACAUAGUCCCCCUAUUUUAGGGGAGCAAAAGUAUUGGGACAAAUACACUUGUAUGUGUAUUAAAGUAGUAAAAAGUUAAGUAUUUAGUCCCAUAUUCAUAGCACGCAAUGACUACAUUAAUCUUGUGACUCUACAAAUGGGAUGCGUUUGCUGUUUGUUUUGGUUGUGUUUCUGAUUAUUUUGUGCCCAGUAGAAAUGAAUGGUAAAUUAUGUAUUUUGUCAUUUUGGAGUCACUUUUAUUGUAAAUAAUUAUAUAAUAUGUUUCUAAAUAACCCCCCCAAAAAUACUAACCUCCCCUUUUAUGAUAUUAACAGGGGAGGUUAGUCUUUUUUGGGGGGGUAUGAUAAUAAUAAUUAAUAAUAUGCCAUUUAGCAGAUGCUGUUAUCCAAAGCGACUUACAGUCAUGCGUGCAUAAUUAUUUUUAUUUUUUUGUGUAUGGGUGGUCACGGGGAUCGAACCCACUACCUUGGCAUUACAAGCGCCGUGCUCUACCAGCUGAGCUACAGAGGACGCACAGGAUAUUUGUGCGUCUGUAACUUUGUUACUCAUCAUUAUUCACGAUUCAUUCAGGACUAUCCAUAAUCAUGGUAGCGUUCACAUUCAUGUAGAAGUGUUUAGAAACACAUGAUGUUCUUAUUUACAAUAAAAGUUAGAUUGUGUAGAAAUACAGGAAAUUAUCUUUAGAUGCCCAAAAACAAUCAGAGGGAGGACAACCAGACCCCCCACCAGGUUAUGUCCCCCCCUCCACUUCUAAAACCAAAGUUGCGCCCCUGAAAUUACCAUCAUUUUGUAUGCAAUUGUUCACAGAAUAACCAUAUGUUGUGUGCUCACUACGCCCACUGAGACUUGGAAAAGCAUAGCACAGUUUAUUAGGCUACAGAUCUAAUAAUUUAUGAUGAUCUUCACAGGGUGGUGAAAGUGCACAGUGAUGAGCUUGAUGCUAAUUUUCUAUAAAUAUUGAGGGUCUUAAUUGUAUGCUGGUGACAUGAUGAUCAGUGCUUGGCUGCCAUUUUUAUUGACAAAUAAAAAUGAUCUCGCUCCUAUCCAUAAUAUCAUCAUGUACCCUCUGCACUGUAUCUGCAAGCUGUUGGUUAGAGCACAUGUGCCAAUACCAUAGUGGCCACAUUUACUGUUAGUUGCAAUGUUUUUUGUGCCAAAAAUAUCAACAGAGUUAAAUAUGGGAUGGAAACACAUAGAACUUCUGUUUUUUAUUCGGUGAAUGAAAAGUUAUAAGACAAAGUGCUUUUUAUGUGGACUACGUCAUUAUGAACAGCUUUGUAAUCGCAACAAUCCAGUUUGAUGGAAACACACCACUGACAAUAACAUUUGCAUAUUUUUGUGUGCAAAUAUUGAUAUAUUCUCUUAAAUCUUUCGACAAAAAGAUUGAAUGUUUACUGAGCCAAGCCUAAGCCCUAUUGGUAAUUACAAUGGUAAUUGUACACUGCAUGAAGGGGUAUACGUACAGUAUGCACAUGUUUAUAUGACGUAUAUACCUGGGUCCCAUAGAAUUUGUGCUUAAUUUAGGAGGAGAAUUUGGCUGUGUUAAAGGAUGGCGCUUCAGAGAAAGAUGCUGAGCAGAGCCUAAGCCCUAUUGGUAAUUACAAUGUCAAUUGUAUAUAUAUGCACAUGUUAAUACCAGGUAUACACCUGUGUCCCACAGACUUUGUGUUAGUUUGGGAAGAGAAUUUAGCUGUGUUGAAGAAUGGCGCAUCAGAGAAAGACAAGUCAAGUCACGCCACCCAAGACUCACACAGGAAGUGGAGGAAAGAUUUCCUGUCAAGACUUCAAGCAGCCGGCAUUGACCAGGAGAUGGUGAGCGAGGAAUAAGGGAAAGGGUCGUUUACAUUUACUAGAGCCCUGAGUUUUAUGACCAGACUAGGAAAAACUCUGAGCCCUAGUUAUAGCCCAUAGUUAUUAGCCUAUGACCAGGGCCCAGAGUGUUUCCUGAUCAGGUCAUGUAAUCCGGAAAAACUCCUGCCCCAAUAAACGACACAUCACCCAUGAUAAACAACUGCUCCCAUACCAGUCAUGGUUCCUCUCUGAGCUGCACGCUCCAGGAUUCAGCUAGAAAGAGAAAGACUUUAUCAAUAUUUACACGGCUUCCAGAGAGCUUGUCUUACAAGUAAUUAAUUUAGCCCUUUCUACUUGGUGCUUGAAUCAACAAGCUACCACAUACACUACCAGUCAAAAUGUGUAUUAUUUUUUACAUUGUAGAAUAAUAGUGAAGACAUAAACUAUGAAAUAACACAUUUGGAAUCAUCUAGUAAACAAAAAGGUGUUCAAAGUAUAUUACAAAUCAAAGUAUAUUUUAUAUUUGAGAAUCUUCAAAUAGCCACCCUUUGCAUUGAUGACAGCUUUGCACACUCUUGGAAUUCUCUCAACCAGCUUGGUAAAAUAGCCCUUACACAGCCUGGAGGUGUGUUGGGUCAUUGUCCUGUUGAAAAACAAAUGAUAGUCCCACUAAGCCCAAACCAGAUAGAAUGGCGUAUCGCUGUAGAAUGCUGUGGUAGCCAUGGUUACUACAUGAUUCCAUAUGUGUUAUUUCAUAGAUUUUAUGUCUUCACUAUUAUUCUACAAUGUAGAAAAUAUUAAAAAUAAAGAAAAACCCUGGAAUGACUAGGUGUGCCCAAACUUUUGACUGGUACUGUAUAUACUGAACAAAAAUAUAAACGCAACAUGUAAAGUGUUGGUCCCAUGUUUCAUGAGCUGAAAUAAAAGAUCCCAGUACUGUUCCAUACGCACAAAAAGCAUAUUUCUCUCAAAUAUUGUGCAUACAUUUGUUUACAUCCCAGUUAGUGAGCAUUUCUCCUUUGCCAAGAUAAUCCAUCCACCUGAUAGCUGUGGCAUAUCAAGAAGAUGAUUAAACAGCAUGAUCAUUACACAGGUGCACUUUGUGCUGGGGAAAAUAAAAGACCACUCUAAAAUGUGCAGUUUUGUCUCACAACACGAUGCCACAGAUGUCUCAAGAUUUGAGGGAGCGUGCAAUUGGCAUGCUGACUGCAGGAAUGUCCACCAGAGCUGUUGUUACCAUAAGCCGCCUCCAAUGUCGUUUUAGAGAAUUUGGCAUUACGUCCAACCGGACUAAAAACCGCAGACCACGUGUAACCACGCCAGCCCAGGACCUCCACAUCCGGCUUCUUCACCUGCAGGAUUGUCUGAGCCCAGCCACCUGGACAGCUGAUGAAAAGGAGGAUUAUUUCUGUCUGUUAUAAAGCCCUUUUGUGGGGAAAAACUCAUUUUGAUUGGCUGGGCUUGGCUCCCCAGUGGGUGGGCCUGGCUCCCAAGUGGAUGGGCCUAUGCCUUCCCAGGCCCACCCAUGGCUGCACCCCUGCCCAGUCAUGUGAAAUCCAUAGAUUAGGGCCUAAUGAAUGUAUUUCAAUUGACUGAUUUCCUUAUAUGAACUGUAACUCAGUAAAAUCUUUAAAUUGUUGCAUGUUUUGUUAUAUUUUUGUUCAGUAUAAUAUCGGUGCAUAAUACCAUAUAAUUAUAUUAUACAAACAAUGUAAAAAGUGUGAUAAACGUUUAGUUUGUAUUACGCUAUAAUAUUUUUAUCGUCCAGCAUCAGUGGAAAUAAAUCAUUGGUGUAUCCAAUAAACAUGCAUAGUCAGUGAUUUCUGUUUUCCUUUUUGGUUCUCCGCUAGAGGGAAGUUCUUCAAGCUAAGAAGAAAAUCUCCUAUGUGCUCCUGAGCGCCCCCUGGAGUGUCCUUUGCUACUACGCUGAGGAGAUCAGUCUCCGGGUCCCUCUGCAGGUCAGUCAGUCAGUUGACUCAGUUCUUGUGUUUCUACUCUCCUGUCACGUCAAAGGAGUUUAAGACCUUAGGUGUUAGGGUCAAUUCAGCUUUCAAUUCAGUCAAUUCAGGAAUUGAAUUGAAAUCGAAUUAAUCAAUUGAAAAAAAAUGCACAUAGAAACGUUGAGUUCAUGAAUGAAUUUCAAUUCACUAGCCAACCCUCCUCCUGGAGAACUACUGAACAGGCUUUUGCUCCAGUCAUGUUCUAACACACCAGAUUCAGCUAAUCAAGGUCCAGUUGAUAGAACAGCAACUGGGUAAGCAAAAGCCUUCAUACACAGUAGCUCUCCAGGAGGAGGGUUGGUCACUCUUGCUUUAGGGUGCUUAAUCUCACAUGUUGACAAAGUUAAACAAAUGAGACACAAGGACAUAACGGUGCUGCAUAUUCCUCAGAUGGUAACCACACCAAACUACAACUGGUCAGAGAGGAUGCUAGAGAAAACAAAAAUCCCAAACCUCAUGAGCCAAGACGUGCCCAACCUGCCCCCAGACUAUUACACCUGCCAGUUUCGCACCAACAAACUGGAGAGGUAUGUUAAAAUCCUAAAUGCUUUGCUUAGCAGCUGCUAUCAUUCAAACCACACUAAAUUCUUUGCAUUUCCACAAUUAAAUAUCUUCCUGAAACAAUUAAAUUAAAACACCUGACUUGGGGGGUAAAAACUGUAUGACCUUUUUGGAUUUUCCCAGCAAGAUACUAGUCCAGUUUUAAAACCACUUUACUGGUUUUGUACAAAGAAAACCACUUCUAUAAAGUAUUAUUCCCUCAGGCUAUGCUGUUUUGCCCGAAGGUGAAAAGGCAUGAUGUGUACAUUCAGGCUUAAAGGGUGUAAAAUGCAUGGGAAAUAAACACUGGCAGUGGCUUGGAGGUGACCCAGCCUCAACAUUGAGUCUAAACACACAGUGUUGCGUUUGAGUUGCAGGUGUUGCUACAGAGAGGUGGGAUCUAGGCAACAGAGGAGUAUAUCCAAUAUUUAACUUCAAAGCCUGCAAUAUGCAUACAGUAUGUAUGACCACCUGGCUGUGUCUACAGGUUUCUGGGCAGUGAGAAUAAGAAGACGUUCUUCAAAACUACCCAAAGACACCAAGUAGUGAGUUUGCCAUUUCAACUUGAUUCUUCAACUUGGAUCAGUAUCUUGCAGUAAAAGUAUCACCAAUAAGGUAUUUCAAGGAAACACAGCCAUUCACACACAUGUGGAUCUCUCUACUCUUAUGGUAACUCUCUAUCUGAGCUCAGGGUUGAGUUCAUUAGGGCAGGCAAUGGAAAACAUUUCAAAGCAUUUUGCAACGGAAAAAUAAAUUAAACAGUUAUUGGUAGUCGCUCCCUGUUUCCGUCCGUUUUCUUCCAUUUGGUGCCCAAUGAACACUACCCUGAUUUACUAGUCAGAUCCCAGAUACAAAGAGGAGGUCAUAAUGGACAUGUGAUAAACACAUCUGAUGUAUUUGACACUACAGUAGUAGAAUAAUAGACUUCCUCACUUUGACAGUACAACACAUUCCUUUGUCUGACCUAGCUGUAUGAGAUUUUAGCACGGACGCCUUAUGGGGCAUUAAAAAGAGGAGAGGUGGGAAUCGAAAGGCUGCUCAGCGAGAAUGCCUUCUCUGCUGCUUACCCCCUGCAUGAGGUUAGUGUCCUCCAUAGACAUACCAUAUGUUCUGUAUAUAUAAUGUAUGUACUGUAUGUACUGUAUGUAUGCAUGUACAGUAUAUUCGGAAAGUAUUCAGACCCCUUUACUUUUUUCACAUUUUGUUACGUUACAGCCUUAUUCUAAAAUGGAUUUUUUUAAAUGAUCCUCAUCAAUCUACACACAAUACCCCAUAAUGACAAAGCAAAAACACGUUUUUUACAUACAGUUGAAGUCAGAAAUUUACAUACACGUUAGACAAAUACAUUUAAACUCAGUUUUCACAAUUCCUGUCAUUUAAUCCUAGUAAAAAUUCCCUGUCUUAGGUCAGUUAGGAUCACCAGUUUAUUUUAAGAAUGUGAAAUGUCAGAAUAAUAGUAGAGAGAAUUAUUUAUUUCAGCUUUUAUUUCUUUCAUCACAUUCCCAGUGAGUCAGAAGUUUACAUACACUCAAUUAGUAUUUGGUAGUAUUGCCUUUAAAUUGUUUACUUUGGGUCAUACGUUUUGGGUAGCCUUCCACAAGCUUCCCACAAUAAGUUGGGUGAAAUUUGGCCCAUUCCUCCUGACAGAGCUGGUGUAACUGAGUCAGGUUUGUAGGCCUCCUUUGUCGCACACACUUUUUCAGUUCUUCCCACAAAUAUUCUAUAGGAUUGAGGUCAGGGCUUUGUGAUGGCCACUCCAAUACCUUGACUUUGUUGUCCUUAAGCCAUUUUGCCACAACUUUGGAAGUAUACUUGCGGUCAUUGUCCAUUUGGAAGACCCAUUUGCGACCAAGCUUUAACUUCCUGACUGAUGUCUUGAGAUGUUGCUUCAAUAUAUCCACAUAAUUUUCCUUCCUCAUGAUGCCAUCUAUUUUUUGAAGUGCACCAGUCCCUCCUGCAGCAAAGCACCCCCACAGCAUGAUGCUGCCACCCCCGUGCUUCACGGUUGGGAUGGCUUUCUUCGGCUUACAAGCAUCCCCCUUUUUCCUCCAAACAUAACGAUUGUCAUUAUGGCCAAACAGUUCUAUUUUUGUUUCAUCAGACCAGAGGACAUUUCUCCAAAAAGUACGAUCUUUGUCCACAUGUGCAGUUGCAAACCGUUGUCUGGCUUUUAUAUGGUGGUUUUGGAGCAGUGGCUUCUUCCUUGCUGAGCGGCCUUUCAGGUUAUGUCGAUAUAGGACUCGUUUUACUGUGGAUAUAGAUACUUUUGUACCUGUUUCCUCCAGCAUCUUCACAAGGUCCUUUGCUGUUGUUCUAGGAUUGAUUUGCACUUUUCGCACCAAAGUACGUUCAUCUCUAGGAGACAGAACGCGUCUCCUUCCUAAGCGGUAUGAUGGCUGCGUGGUCCCAUGGUGUUUAUACUUGCGUACUAUUGUUUGUACAGAUUAACGUGGUACAUUCAGGCGUUUGGAAAUUGCUCCCAAGGAUCAACCACACUUGUGGAGGUCUACAAUUAUUUUUCUCAGUUAUUGGCUGAUUUCUUUUGAUUUUUCUAUAAUGUCAAGCAAAGAGGCGCUGAGUUUGAAGGUAGGCCUUGAAAUACAUCCACAAGUACACUUCCAAUUGACUCAAAUGAUGUCGAUUAGCCUAUCAGAAGCUUCUAAAGCCAUGACAUCAUUUUCUGGAAUUUUCCAAGCUGUUUAAAGGCACAGUCAACUUAGUGUAUGUAAACUUCUGACCCACUGGAAUUGUGAUACAAUUAAUUAUAAGGGAAAUAAUCUGUCUGUAAACAAUUGUUGGAAAAAUUACUUGUGUUAUGCACAAAGUAGAUGUCCCAACCGACUUGCCAAAACUAUAGUUUGUUAACAAGAAAUUUGUGGAGUGGUUGAAAAACCUAAGUGUAUAUAAACUUCCGACUUCAACUGUAAGUAUUCAGACCCUUUACUCAGUACACCUUUGGCAGCGAUUACAGCCUCGAGUCUUCUUGGGUAUGAUGCUACAAGUUUGGCACACUUGUAUUUGGGGAGUUUCUCCCAUUAUUCUCUGUAGAUCCUCUCUGUCAAGUUGGAUGGGGAGCGUCGGUGCACAGCUAUUUCAGGUCUCUCCAGAGAUGUUCGAUCGGGUUCAAGUCCGGGCUCUGGCUGGGCCACUCAAGGACAUUCAGAGACUUGUCCCGAAGUCACUCCUGCAUUGUCUUGGCUGUGUGCUUAGGGAUGCUGUCCUGUUGGAAGGUGAACCUUCGCCCCCCAGUCUGAGGUCCUGAACGCUCUGGAGCUGAUUUUCGUCAAGGAUCUCUCUGUACUUUGCUCCGUUCAUCUUUCCCUCAAUCCUGACUAGUCUCCCAGUCCCUGCCGCUGAUAAACAUCCCCACAGCAUGAUGCUUCCACCACCAUGCUUCACCGUAGGGAUGAUGCCAGGUUUCCUCCAGACGUGACGCUUGGCAUUCAGCGCCAAAGAGUUCAAUCUUGGUUUCAUCAGACCAGAGAAUCUUGUUUCUCAUGGUCUGAGAGUCCUUUAGGUGCCUUUUGGCAAACUUGAAGCGGGCUGUCAGGUGCCUUUUACUGAGGAGUGGCUUCCGUCUGACCACUCUACCAUAAAGGCCUGAUUGGUGGAGUGCUGCAGAGAUGGUUGUCCUUCUGGAAGUUUCUCCUAUCUCCAAAGACGAACUCUGGAGCUCUGUCAGAGUGACUAUUGGGUUCUUGGUCACCUCCAUGACCAAGGCCCUUCUCCUCCGAUUGCUCAGUUUGGCCGGGCGGCCAGCUCUAGGAAGAGUCUUGGUGGUUCCAAACUUCUUCCAUUUUAAGAAUGAUGAAGGCCACUAUGUUCUUGAUUACCUUCAAUGCUGCAGAAAUGUUUUGGUAGCCUUCCCCAGAUCUGUGCCUCGACACAAUCCUGUCUCGGAUCUCUACGGACAAUUCCUUCGACCAGGAAGGAAUGGCUUGGUUUUUGCUCUGACAUGCACUGUCAACUGUGGGACCUUAUAUAGACAGGUGUGUGCCUUUCCAAAUCAUGUCCAAUCAAAUGAAUUUACCACAGGUGGACUCCAAUCAAGUUGUAGAAACAUCUCAAGGAUGAUCAAUGGAAACAGGAUACUGAAUAUUGUGUAAAUAAGGUAGAUAUAUAUAUUUUUUUAUACAUUUGCAUAAAUGUCUAAAAAACUGUUUUUGCUUUGUCUUUUCUGUGGUAUUUCUGGGGUAUUGAUGAGGAUUUUUUAAAUUUAAACCAUUUUAGAAUAAGGCUGUAACGUAACAAAAUGUGGAAAAAGGGAAGGGGUCAGAAUACUUUCCAAAUGCACUGUAUGUAUGUACAGUAUGUAUGUGCAUAUGAUUUCAUUACUCCCACACCCAGGGAUCUUCUGAUAAACAAAACUCUAAAUAUCACUAAUCUUAUAAAUCGGACCCUGUAAUAUUAAAUCUAACAUGAAUCUGGACUGUAACCAGAGGUGUCAUGCCCCUAAUGUUUUUGAGGGUACUCUGAUGACCAAAGUCAAUGUCUUUGGAUUAUUUCUGUAUAAAAUAAACUGUAUUUGAAAUGUAUGUCAUAAUAUUGUCAGAAACGGGACAUAAAUGUUGUGACGUCUCAUGUCACUGAAUGUCAAGUCACAUUGGGAAUGGCACCUUUGACUCUGACUGUAACCCCAAACCUGAAUAGUUAGCCACCAUCUGCCUCUGUCCUCUGAUGUCCCUGCAGGGUCCAUUUGAGAUGCCAGAUGGGGAAGCGGUGGACUCCCAGUCCUUGAGCAUGAGGCAGAUCCUCCACCAGUACUGGGCUCGCUGGGCCAGAUGGAAGAAUUACCAGCCGCUGGACCACAUCCGAGAGUACUAUGGAGAGAAGAUAGCACUUUACUUUGCCUGGCUGGGUAAGCAUUGGCACUGGCAGUGUCUUGUUGGCUUGAAGUAGACAGUCUGGCUUUUAGAGGAGUACUCGUCUUAGAAGCGGGUUAGCUUUUAUUGGGAUGACUCAUGUACUGGAGGCAGCUCUGCAGAGUCGUCACCAGCUGGCACAGCCACAAAGUCAUAAAUCAGAUUUUUUACCUAACCGUAACCCUAACUUUAAGCACACUGCUAACCCUAAUGCCAAAUCCUAACUUUAAAUUAAGACCAAAAAGCUCAUUUUUGUUUUCAUGAAUUUUUACAUUGUAGUCAAUUUUGACUUUGCGGCACACAUCUAGCGGAAAUCACUCAGUUCUGCCUCCAGGACAAGACUCAUCCCAAUAAAUGUCAACCUGCGUCUUAGAAUAGAAUAUUAAGCUUGAAUAUCCCAUAAAGAGAAAUGUGCAAAUUUGCUUCACAACAAAGAACAGGCUCCUUGGCAAACAGAUCAUUCCAAGACUUACAUCACAUCAAAUAACAUACAUCACACAACACACAUCACAAGAAAUUACUCUUUGUUUGCUUACUCUCUCUCUUUCUUCCAUGUAGGGUUCUACACAGGCUGGCUGCUCCCAGCAGCUGUGGUCGGGACCCUGGUCUUUCUGUUUGGGAUCUUGCUGAUGGUCACUGAUACGCCAGCGUGAGUAUGACAGACGACUUCAACCAAGCGUAUCCCUCCUCUUCAUAAGCCUCGCCCACCAUAACAAAACAUUUUCGUGUUGAGGGUUCAACCAGGGUUGUGAACAUUCUGUGUUUGUUUCCACACCUAAACACAUGUAAGAACUAAUAGUUUAACUCUGCUCAGUUGUAGGUUCAAACAGGGUUUCACUGUAAACAACUGUAUUACCAAAGGUUCUAAUAACGCGCUCAGUCAUUUUCUGAAUGUCUAUCCUCUGUCCCAUAGGCGGGAGAUCUGUGAGAGCAGGGAUGAGUUUGUCAUGUGUCCUCUGUGCAACAUCUGUUCCUACUGGAACCUAUCCAGCAUCUGCACCACCUUCAAGGUGUGUUUGUGUGCACAUGCAUGUGUGAUGGCAUGAUUGAUUCUACCUACUGUAUGUGUUCCUAUACAUGUGUGAUUACACACGUUUGCAUGGGUUUUAUUCACAUCCCUUGCCUUUUUCCACAUUUGUAUGUGUUACAGGCUGAAUUUAAAACGGAUUAAAUUGAGAUUUUUUUUUUCACUGGCCUUCACACAAUACCCCAUAAUGUCAAAGUAAAAUUAUGUUUUUAGACAUUUUUUACAAAUUAAUAUCAAAUGAAAAGCUGAAUUGUCUUGAAUACUUAUCUUGAGUCAGUAAGUAUUCAAUCCCUUUGUUAUGGCAAGCCUAAAUAGGUUCAGGAGUAAACAUUUGCAUAACAAGUCACAUAAUUUCAGUUGCAUUGGCUCACUCUGUAUGCAAUAAUAGUGUUUAACAUGAUUUUUGACCGACUACCUCAUCUCUGUACCCCACACAUACAAUCAUCUGUAAGGUCCCUCAGUCGAGCAGUGAAUUUCAAACACAGAUUCAACUACAAAGACCAGGGAGGUUUUCCAAUGCCUCGCAAAUAAUAAUUGGUAGAUGUGUGAAAGAUGUUUAGCAGAUGUUAUUGCGGGUGUAGUGAAAUGCUUGUGCUUCUAGCUCCGACAGUGCAGUAAUAUCUAACAAGUAAUAUCUAACAAUUUCACAACAUAUACCCAAUAUACACAAAUCUAAGUAAGGAAUUAAUUAAGAAUAUAUACAUAUAUGGACAAGCGAUGUCAGAGCAGCAUGGACUAAGAUACAGUAGAAUAGUAUAGAAUAUAGUAUAUACAUAUGAGAUGAGUAAUGCAAGAUAUGUAAACAUUAUUAAAGUGGCUAGUGUUCCAUUUCUUAAUGUGGCCAGUGAUAAUACAUCCAGUCACUACAAAGAUACAGGCAUCCUUCCUAACUCAGUUGCCGGAGAGGAAGGAAACCGCUCAGGGAUUUCACCAUGAGGCCAACGGUGACUUUAAAACAGUUACAGAGUUUAGGGCUGUGAUAAGAGAAAACUGAGGAUGGAACAACAUUGUAGUUACUCCACAAUACUAACGUAAUUGACAGAGUGAAAAGAAGAAAGCUUGUACAGAAUAACAAAUAUUCCAAAACUUUAUGUCCUGAAUACAAAACGUUAUGUCUGGGGCAAAUCCAACACAACACAUCACUACUCUUCAUAUUUUCAAGCAUGGUGGUGGCUGCAUCAUGUUAUGGGUAUGCUUGUCAUUGGGAAGGACUAAGGAGUUUUUAUGAUAAAAAUAAACGGAAUAGAGCUAAGCACAGGCAAAAUACUAGGCCAAACCUAUUUCAGUCUGCUUUCCAACAAACACUGUGUGACAAAUUCACCUUUCAGCAGGACCUAAUGCACAAGGCCAAAUAUACACUGGAGUUGAUUACCAAUACGAAAUGGAAUGUUCCUGAGUAGCCUAGUUACAGUUAAUGCUUAAAUCUACUUGACAAUCUAUGGCAAUAAUUAAUAAAAGGUUGUCUAGCAAUGAUCCACAACCAACUUGACAGAGCUUGGAUAAUUUUAAAAAGAAUAAUGUGCAAAUAUUGUACAAUCCAGGUGUGCAAAGCUCUUACAGACUUACCCAGAAAGACUCACAGCUGUAAUUGCUGCCAAAGGUGAUUCUGACAUGUAUUGACUCAGGGGGUUGAAUACUUAUCGAAUAAAGAUAUAUUAGUUUUAUUUAUAAUAAAUGUUCAAAUUGUUCUUCCACUUUGACACUACAGAGUAUUUUGUGUAGAUUCAUUAUUAUUAUUGAUCGUUGACAAAAAAUGACAUUGAAAUCCAUUUUAAUCCCACUUUGUAAAAACAAAAUGUGGAAAAGGUCAAGGGGUGUGAAUACUUUCUGAAAGCACUGUAUGUGUGCCCGCUGCCCAUGCUUUUUAGUACAUACUGUAUGGCCAUUCUCUCUUCACAGGCAGGGCUGUUAUUUGACAAUGGGGGGACGGUAUUCUUCAGUAUUUUCAUGGCUCUAUGGGCCGUCACUUUCCUGGAGUACUGGAAGCGCACCAGUGCAGUGCUGGCCCACCGAUGGGACUGUUCAGAGUUUCAGGAAACUGAGGUACAGUACAGUAUGAUCACAGUGAUUAUAUUAUUUUUGGAAAGCUCAAUCGAUCCGAAGUUCAGGCAUAUAAAGUUUGUAUGUGAAAACUUUCUAAGAUGCACAAUUUCAGAUUUUCUGUCAUGGAGCUUUAGGAACAAAUAAGGAAUGACAGAUUUUGGAUGUUGUUCCUGUUUAACCCUUUGUGACCCAGGAGCGCCCAAGGCCAGAGUUCACUGCCACGGCGCCCAUGACCCUGCGGAACCCUGUGACGGGUGCAGAGGAGCCUCACUUCCCAAAGCGACGCCGCUUCAACCGCACCCUGACCGGAGGCAUUGUCAUCUUGAUCAUGGUAAGGUGCUGCAGGACAAUGUUCUUUAAUCCUGGCCCUGGGGUCCCACAAGGGUGCACAUUUUUGUUCUAGCCCAGUACUAGCACUUAAUUAGUCUAAUAAGGUGUGCUGGGUGUGCUGGGCUUAAACAAAAGUCUGCACACACUCUGGCCCUCCAGGAUUGGAGUUGCCCAUCCCUGCUGUAAGAGAUGACAUGUGAGAUAGGAAGUCAAUUUAUGAUGACAUUAAUUGAUGACUAAUGAAUUACAUUAUUAAUCAAGAAUAUCCUAAAAGUCCUAACUUUAUCAUUGAUGCAUUUUUGUCUCUCACAGGUAUCCGUAGUGCUGAUGUUCGUUGUGGCGAUCAUCAUUUACCGGGUGAUUCUGAGCAUCAUCAUCUACAAAUCUCACAAUGCCUUCUUGAUAUUUUCUGUGAGUCCCUUUCUAGUCCCCUACUAGAUCCACUAUGGUUGCAUCAUUCUAGUGUUAUUAGACACUUUUUUUCUUUGAAAUAUUAGUUUUUAGCCCAAACCAUUUCAGACGCUACAGACGUUUUGGUGAGAAGAAAGAUUUUCGGGAUGUCUCCUGCUCUGACAAACAGUGCUGUAGCUCUGCCACCUUCCACAGCAAAUGCGGAAGGCCGACAUCGGCGGAUGCGGUGGAUUGAGAUGCAGCCCAUACAAAAACCCAGAUAUCUCUAGCUGAAAGACAGAUUUUGAUAGGGAUUUUUUUUUAAUGCUAAUUAGAUGUCCGCGGGGGCGCGGACAUUGACUCUAGAUUAUUUGGGUUCUAGCAGCGAAGCUGGGUGAAACCCUAUUGUAUUUGUUGGCGUUCAUUAUUAUUAUUCAUCUUCUUCCAUCAAGGACAUAUAACCUGCAAUUUCCUGUGAAAUGGUAAGGAACAAAUUUGCCUCAAGGACCGAUAAGGUCCGCCAUGAUAGAUUUUCUGGCAUUUAGAAUUUUGUGAAAACACUUAAAUUGCCACUCCUCUGGCACCGAAUGACCGAUAUGCAUGAAACUUGAUAUAUGGCAUCUAUGGACCAAGGUCUCGCAACGCAAUAUUUUCUAGGCUAGUGUGUCAAACAGUGUGUCAAGCAAUAUGUUUACUAACCAAUAAACAUUUAAGUGGGUGUGACCUGGCACAUAAAAGCAUAUAAAUCAGACAUGGAUAUUCAAAUUCUAACAAAACUUGAUACACAUGUUCCAAACACUGUCAAGACUCAACAUAUGCGAGCAUAUUCAGAUCGACCACAUGGCGGCGCUAUAAUGGGCACAUAUUUAUCUCAAUCUGUUUGACUCAGAGUGAUGGAAAUUGGCACACAUGCUAGUCUAGCAAACUUGUAGAGUAUGGUUCUGUUUGGCCGCAUGGUGGCGCCGUUAAAAAGGAAAACCCAUUCAUACAAGCUCAUUGGCUUAUAGCGGCCAUGUUGUUUGAGCUAGAGUCUUAGAAAAUAUAGCGUUUUAAGACGCGGAUGCUAUAUACCAAGUUUGGUGCCGAUCGGUCCAGUGGUUCUGGAGAAGAAGACGUGUAGCCCUUUUGUGCAGUCAAAUGACAAAAUCGCCUUCUAGUGGCCUCAUGGGUGGAAUGUUAUUAAUAUUGUUCAUAAUUUCAUAAUUAAUACAUAUUAUUUAUUUAUUUUAUGCCAAAAAAAUCCCGUGUUUUUAUGUCAAACGGUUUUGUUAUGUUUCAGUCUUCUGUGAUGUAUAUAAAGUGUAAUAUUGGGAUGCAAACUGAAAAUGUAAAACAUUUCAAUUCUAUAGCUGACAUGGUACUUUUUUUAAACCCAAUAACCAUGUGUGUGAGGUGUAUACUUUUGUUUCAAAGUAGAUUUGUUUAAGACCAAGAAACACUCUUUGUGACACUGAUUUAGCCCAUUCAGUAAAAAGUUAAAGAAGUCAACAUCAUCAAAAAUGGUCAAAGAUACAUCAAAACCAUAUUGCAUGAUCUGUUUGAGUUAAUAUAUUUGUCAAGCGUGGUAGCUCAUCCUAUGGUGAUGUGUCCAAUUUUGUCCUGAUGGUGGCGCUGUGGGGUCAAAGCUUGAACCCCGGCAUGACUGCUUGCAGCUCUAUAUAUAUAUAUAUAUAUAUAUAUAUAUAUAUAUAUAUAUAUAUAUAUAUAUAUAUAUUAUAUAUAUAUUUUUUUAUCAUAUUAAUUUAAUCAUAAUAGUACUGUACCUAUCUCGGCAGGCUGGGCGGAUCGCCAGUCUCACAGGGUCCGUGCUGAACCUGCUGGUGAUCCUCAUGCUCUCCCGGGUCUACAUCUACCUGGCCCAUGUCCUAACGCGCUGGGGUGAGUCAGCAAGUCCGGCCCUCGUCUAUCGUCGGGCAGAUGGAAGAUAAAUCAGUGAUUUAUUGGCCAAUGUUUGCUCAUUCUAUUUGCUUUGUGAUGUCACCAGAGAUGCACCGCACACAGACCAAAUACGAGGAUAUGUUUAUUCUCAAGGUCUUCAUCUUCCAGUUUGUCAACUUCUACUCCUCCCCGGUCUACAUUGCCUUUUUCAAAGGAAGGUGAGUAGAUCAAACAACGUCAAGGCACAAAUGAGCCUUAAGUAUUGAAAGGUCCUGUAUUUACCAGCUGGUUAAAUAGGCCCUCGCAGUACAAUGACAAUAUGGCUCAUCCUCAGUGAACUCCUAUGUUUUGCAGGUUUGUUGGUUACCCUGGCAACUACUACAAGCUCUUGGGAAUACGGAAUGAGGACGUGAGUGUCGUACUUACAUACUAAAAUGUACUUAAAAACAUCCCAGCAAACAAUUUCUGGUUAGCGUUGCAUUCCCAGAAUGUUACAUGGCUAUAAUGUUUUCGCCAUGAAGGUUUGGUUAACACAUUGUAGAAGCAUCAAAAACAAACAUUUGGAACAUUUCUCCAAAUGUUCCUAUAACCAUUAUUGUAUGUCCUUCUACUAAUGUUGAUCAAAUAACCUUUGUUGUUAUUUUUAUUUAACCUUUGUUUUGACAGGGAAGACAUAUUGAAGACACAACUUUUCCAAAUGCGCCCUGAAUAAUAUAAUAUGAAAUACACAUAAAAAAUUUGGAAAGUAUUCAGACCCCUUGACUUUUCCACAUUUUGUUACGUUACAGCCUUAUUCUAAAAUUGAUUAAAUACCCCAUAUUGACAAAGCAAAAACAGGUUUUUCAAAAUGUUAACAAAAAACAUCAACAACAACAACAAAAAAUAUCAAAUUUACAUAAGUAUUCAGACCAUAUGCUCAGUACUUUGUUUAAGCACCUUUGGCAGCGAUUACAGCUUCGAGUCUUCUUGGGUAUGACGCUACAAUGCUUGGCACACCUGUAUUUGGGGAGUUUCUCCCAUUCUUCUCUGCCUGAUAUGCGAGGGAGCCCAAGAGGUAUGGGCCUGUGGUAGAGACCCCUGAGUUGGACCCUCAGGAGACAGGGUAGAGGUUGAAGGAGCAGGAACCUCUAGAAGCAGGUGGGCGAAACUGUUGAUCAACACGAUGGGAUCCCCCAAAGCCAUUUCAGCCCCAUUCACCAAAGACCGCUGCCUUGCGCUGGGCUUACGGUGUAUGACGUGCCUCCAUGGGAAGCAGGAUCUAUAACUGUGGUAUCCGCCAGCUCCUCAUAAAGCGUCCUUGCUCCUUUAUUCUCCAAGGGGGGCCGGGAUAGGAGGUCAGGGUAGGAUGGGAAGGGUGGGUGAGAUGGGAGAGGAGAGUUGACUUCACUGGGGAGGGGUCUCUGCAGGGCAGCCCUGGCCAGCCAGUCAGAGAGUGGCAACACGGUGGCGAGGCAGUGGCACAACGACUGGGCUGAGGAGUAGAAAAGGAAAAGGUCUUAGAGCGGGACCAAUCCAGGAUACAUUACAUUGUCUCAAUUUGCUUACUUUGGACGUCCAGCACAGACAUACACUAUAUAUACAAAAGUAUGUGGACACCCCUUCAAAUUAGUGGAUUUGGCUAUUUCAGCCAGACCCAUUGCUGACAGGUGUAUAAAAUCGAGCACACAGCCAUGCAAUCUCCAUAGACAAACAUUGGCAGUAGAAUGGCCUUACUGAAGAGCUCAGUGACUUUCAAAGUGGCACCAUCAUAGGAUGCCACCUUUCCAACCAGUCAGUUCGUCAAAUUUCUGCCCUGUCAGAGCUGCCCCAGUCAACUGUAAGUGCUGUUAUUGUGAAGUGUAAACGUCUAGGAGCAACAACGGUUCAGCCGCCGAAGUGGUAGGCCACACAAGCUCACAGAACGGGACCGCCGAGAGCUGAAGCGCGUAGCGCAUAAAAAUCUUCUGUCCUCGGUUGCAACACUCACUACUGAGUUCCAAACUGCCUCUGGAAGCAAUGUCAGCACAAGUACUGUUCGUCUGGAGCUUCAUGAAAUAGGUUUCCAUGGCCAAGCAGCCACACACAAGCCUAAGAUCACCAUGUGCAAUGCCAAGCGUCGGCUGGAGUGGUUUAAAGCUCACCACAAUUGGACUCUGGAGCAGUGGAAACGCAUUCUCUAGAGUGAUGAAUCACGCUUCACCAUGUGGCAGUCCGACGGACGAAUCUGGGUUUGGCAGAUGCCAGGAGAAUGCUACCUGCCCCAAUGCAGAGUGCUAACUGUAAAGUUUGGUGUAGGAGGUAUAAUGGUCUGGGGCUGUUUUUCAUGGUUCGGGCUAGGCCCCUUAGUUCCAGUGAAGGGAAAUCUUAACACUACAGCAUACAAUGACAUUCUAGACGAUUCUGUGGUUCCAACUUUGUGGCAACAGUUUUGGGAACGCCCUUUCCUGUUUCAGCAUCACAAAGCGAGGUCCAUACAGAAAUGGUUUGUCGAGAUCGGUGUGGAAGAACUUGACUGGCCUGCACAGAGCCCUGACCCCAUUGAACACCUUUGGGAUGAAUUGGAACGCUGACUGCGAGCCAGGCCUAAUUGCCCAAUAUCAGUGUCCACAUACUUUUGGUAAUGUAGUGUAUAGUCCUCAAUAAGCUGACAGUUUCCACAUUGGAAAUUUGUCCAGCCAAUAUUAUCUCGGAACUGUGCAAAAUAUACUGAACAAAAAUAUAAACGCAACAUGUAAAGAGUUGGUCCCAUGUUUCAUGAGCUGAAAUAAAAGAUCCAUACGCACAAAAAGCUUAUUUGUCUAAAAUUGUUUGUAUAUAUUUGUUUACAUCGCUGUUAGUGAGCAUUUCUUCUUUGCCAAGAUAAUCCAUCCACCUGACAGGUGUGGCAUAACAAGAAGUUGAUUAAACAGCAUGAUCAUUACACAGGUGCACCUUGUGCUGGGGACAAUAAAAGGCCACUCUAAACUGUGCAGUUUUGUCACACAACACAGUGCCACAGAUGUCUCAACUUUUAAGGGAGCGUACAUUUGGCAUGCUGACUGCAGGAAUGUCCACCAGAGCUGUUGCCAGAGAAUUGUAUGUUAAUUUCUCUAAGAUAAGCCGCCUCCAACGUCGUUUUAGAGAAUUUGGCAGUACGUCCAACCAGCCUCACAACCGCAAACCAUGUGUAACCAUGCCAGCCCAGGACCUCCACAUCCGGCUUCUUCACCUGCGGGAUCAUCUGAGACCAGUCACCUGGACAGCUGCACAAAUUGUCAGAAAUUGUCUCAGAGAAGCUCAUCUGCAUGCUCGUCGUCCUCACCAGGGUCUUGACCUGACUGCAGUUCGGCAUUGUAACUGACUUCAGUGGGAAAAUGCUCACCUUCGAUGGCCACUGGCACGCUGGAGAAGUGCGCUCUUCACGGAUGAAUCCCGGUUUCAACUGUACUGGGAAGAUGGCAGAAAGCGUGUAUGGCAUCGUAUGGGCAAGCGGUUUGCUGAUGUCAACGUUGUGAACAGAGUGCCCCAUGGUGGCGGUGGGGUUAUGGUAUGGGCAGGCAUAAGCUACAGACACAAUUGCAUUUUAUUGAUGGCAAUUUGAAUGCACAGAGACACCGUGAUGAGAUUCUGAGGACCAAUGUCGUGCCAUUCAUCCGCCGCCAUCACCUCAUGUUUCAGCAUGACAACCAAGGCACAAAACUGGCCAACAUAACAACAGAAAGCAGAGAGGGGUGACUUACUAAAUGAGAUUAAAUGCUGGGGCCCAUCAAAACAGCAACGCCAGUAUGAUAGCCAGGAGAGAAGCACCUUGGAGGGGAUGUAGUUUCCAGUACAGGCUGGUGGAAAGCUGGGAGGGUGGCAAGCGCUACACCGAGCCGCGGGAGAGUCCAAAAGAGUACAUCCAAGUGGAGUUCAAGUUUGGCAGUAGUCCAAAAACAUCCAAGGCACAAUGUCAAGUGGAAGGAUGAAAGCAGCAGUAGGCAGGUGUCUGCUCAGAUAAUGCCCCAGUGCAGGCCUCACUCCAGGGUAGGGUGCCCAGGCAUAUCCAAGUAGGCCUCAAGAGUUUCAUAGACCUGUUUUGUAUGGGAUACUGCCAUGCUAACAUUAGCUAGAAACCAAAGAGGGACUCAAUUGGAAUGUUACCUGUAGGAAUGUUCACUGUUUGCUGGGAUGUACCUUUGCUGUCUUUAUCAGCCAGUAUAUGUGUUUGUGUGUGCGAGUGUCUGACUACGCCUGUGUGCGUGUGCAUAACCUGUAAGUGUGUAUUGUUGUUUGCAGUGUGGUGCUGGGGGCUGUCUCAUUGAACUGGCCCAGGAGCUGCUGGUCAUCAUGGUGGGCAAACAGGUCAUCAACAACAUUCAGGAGUUUAUUGUCCCGUGAGUCUUGUAAUCCUACAGCUUCCCGCAGUUUUGUCUAAAAUCCAAUCCGACUUUAUUUAAACUCCAUUGAUUUACAACAAACAUCUCACAAAAAUGCUAAUGUGAUCCUUGAUGAAUGACCACCCUCUGGGCAAAAACUGGUUGAAUCAAUGUUGUUUCCACGUCAUUUCAACAAGAAAAUUCAAUGUGAUGACGCUGAAUCAACGUGGAAAACUGAUUGGAUUUGAAAAAAAGUCGUCAACGUAAUGGAAUUGUCUUUUUUUUUACUCAACUUUUAACCUAAAUCCAGUGACAUGGUUCCAUUUUUUGUUGAUUUCAUGUUGAAUUAAUGUUAGUUGACAAAUCAACCAAAUGUAAAUCAAAACAAGAUGUUGAACUGACGUCUGUGCCCAGUGGGCAGUAAGUUCUUAUAAUUGUCUUUCUUGCCCACAGAAAGGACCUAUGCACUGCUUCUGUGGUUGUUAAGGUCAAAUCUCUCUCCUUUCGUCUCUUAAUAGAAAACUAAAGUCUUGGUGGCAGAAGCGCAAGAUCCAUCCUAUGGUUAGAGCUGAAGAUGGAGAGGUGAAAGAGGGAGGCCAGAUGCAGGACGCCACACCCUGGGAGACCGACUAUGAGCUCCUGCUGUGUGAAGGACUGUUCGAUGAGUACCUGGAAAUGGGUGAGUGUUCCUGCCCACCUAUACCAGGGCUGUGUUCAUUAGGGCACACAACAUUUUAAAACAAUUUUAAAUGGAAAAUGUAAUUGUGCAUUUCUUAUUGGAUAAGGAAUUACUCUUGUGGUUUGUGUUACUCUUGUAAAAGUGAAGUUGUCUGGGUAACUGGCUAGGACACCAAGGGCGACAUUUUCCUCUAGUAAUGACACGCACUGGGAACAAACUAACCCUAACAUUUGAAAUAGACAGGAGUCUGUGUGCCAUCAAGCCAGUGAUGGAGAAACACAACUGAAACCCCUAGGUCUUGACAAUCUGAUUUUAUUAAGCCAUUGAGGAGAACUAGCGACACACACUCUUACUGCUCUACUUCACACGUGAUCCCUAGUCAAUGUAACUGUCACCUCAUCCCAAAGAUGAAUGUGCCAUGUAGGUCAUAGACAUUGCUGUGCAGAACCUACCCAGUCAGACUGUGUAAUCCAUGACCCAAAUUAAUUUAUUCACAUGCUCUGGAAGAUAACACACUCAAAAAACUCCUAUACAGAAUAAUAUACACUGAGUGUACAAAAUAUUAAGAAGAUCUUCCUAAUAUUGAGUUGCACCCCUCCCCUGUUUUUCUUCAUGGUGAUGGAAAGUCUACAGGUACAAACCUAGAUGUACAACACAGUAAUGUACAUUUACAUUAAGUGGUUUGUAAGGAUGGUAAAUUAAUACUGAACAAAAGUGGUUGUUUUCCAUAUUAAUUGAUCAAGAAAUAUAUUUAAUUUGAUGUGGCUGUUUUGUGUCUUUGCCCAUAACUUUACACGUUUUGAUGUAAAUGUUUGAGUGUAGGGUUUUGUUGUUUCUAGAUUCCAUUAGAAUGACAAUCGCAGAGAAAGGGACAUGGCAACAACUCUUACAAUUCCAAGUAUUAAAAAAUCCUGCAAGAUACUGUUCUUAAUUAUACAUCUACUUUUUUUGCAAAGCUGAGACGCUGAAAACAUUUCCCCCCCACGCUACGGUCCGCUAAUACUAGUAAAGGCCCAGUGCACAAUUUUUUUUGAUUUUUAGUAAUAUAAAAAUAAUAUUAUAUAUAUUAGGAUUUUUCAGGGGGUGCUGCAGCACCCUCAGCACCCCUAUUUCCCUUGGGUAUGCAAACAGGAUGCAUGUUUUGGAAUGUUUUUAUUCUGUACAGGCUUCCUUUUCACUCUGUCAAUUAGGUUAGUGUUGUGGAAUAACUACAAAGUUGUUGAUCCAUCCUCAGUUGUCUCCUAUUACAGCCAUUCAACUCUGUAACUGUUUUAAAGUCUCAUGGUGAAAUCCCUCAGCGGUUUCCUUCCUAUCCGGCAACUGAGUUGGGAAGGACGCCUUUAUCUUUGUAGUGACUGGGUGUAUUGAUACACCAUCCAAAGUGAAAUUCACUGCUCGACUGAGGGACCUUACAGAUAAUUGUAUGUGUGGGGUACAGAAAUCAUGUUAAACACUAUUAUUGCAGACAGAGUGAGUCCAUGCAACUUAUUAUUUGACUUGCUAAGCACAUUUAUACUCCUGAACUUAUUUAGGCUUGCCAUAACAAAGGGGUUGAAUACUUAUUGACUCCAAACAUUUCAGCUUUUCAUUUUUAAUUAAUUUGUAAAAAUUUAAAAACACAUAAUUCCACUUUGACAUUAUGGGGUAUUGUGUGUAGGCCAGUGACAAACAAUCUUAAUUUAAUAAAUUUUAUAUUCAGGCUGUAACACAACAAAAUGUGGAAAAAGUCAAGGGGUGUGAAUGCUUUCUGUAGGCACUGUAUUCUGCUAAUCAAUAAUUUAAUUGUUGCUUAUUAUUAUUAGUCUAGUCACUAGGCGUGGAAUUUAACGGAAUUGGCUUGACACUUGGAAAAGGGUAAAAUGGAAAUGUACAUGGCUACAUGGAUCAGAUUACAGAUGCAUUUACACAACACACCACAACACAAGCAGAAGGUAACUGCUGACUGCCCCCCUCCUCUUUGCAGUGUUGCAGUUUGGCUUCAUUACCAUCUUUGUGGCAGCGUGUCCCCUUGCCCCGUUGUUUGCCCUGAUCAAUAACUGGGUGGAGGUGCGUCUGGACGCGCAGAAGUUUGUGUGCCAGUACAGAAGGCCCGUAGUGGAGCGGGCUCAGGACAUCGGGAUCUGGUUGGACAUCCUGCAAGUCAUCACCUACGUGGCUGUCAUUAGUAAUGUAAGUGUAUGUGUGUGUGUGUCUUUGUACUUGCGUGUGGUGUUAUAAGUAUGCCUGGUUUAAUGCAGACUCCUGCCUCUCUGCCAGGCCUUCCUGAUAGCUUUCACUUCUGACUUCCUGCCUCGGCUCUACUACCGCUACCACAAUGAUGGAAACCUUCGGGGUUAUGUCAACUUCACCCUGGGUACUUCCCCAAGCAACUUUAACACCAACAACAUGCAGUGCAGGUAGAGGCACACUCAUUAUCACCCAUAAAUUGAUAUAUGCAUUUCGUGAAGGUUAUUCUUUUUUUGUUCCUAUUACUCUACAACUGGCAUUGUCAUCUAACGUUUCUUUGUUGUUGUUUUUUUAGAUAUCGAGGAUACAGGGACAGAAAAGGGCAUUUUCGACCAGAGUACUUCCACCUUCUGGCUUGCCGGCUGGCCUUUGUCAUUGUUUUUGAGGCAAGUUCCGCUGAGUUGAGUUGAGAUAUGUCACUAUGUGGAUGACUUUUGCAACACAGAUUCAAUGCAAUUAAUUGACUAAUUCAGUGUUUAUAGGUCUAUAUGUAUUUCUGUUAAGGAGCUGUUAGGAGCUGAGGCAUCUUGGAGAAUUGAAAUUGAGAUGCGCGCUGUGAGUGACUUGUCGUGUGCUUUGAGAAUGUGUGCACUGCCACUGACUGGUUUAAAACCGAAUGGUGUUUUGUUUUUAUAUUCUGGUGUUUCAUUUUGGUGUUUUAUUUUUAUACUCUGGUCUCAGAGUAUUGGCUAGUCAACACACUGCGUCUGAGUAGCCUUACAGGCUUGUUACAAUAUUCAUAGAAGCACAGUUCCCGCUCAGCUCAGUCAAAGCUAUUCGCUGCUCUGGCACCCCAAUGGUGGAACAAGCUCCCCCACGACGCCAGGACAGCGGAGUCACUAACCACCUUCCGGAGACACUUGAAACCCUACCUCUUUAAGGAAUACCUGGAAUAGUAUAACAGUAAUCCUUCUACCCCCCCACCCCCCCCCCCCCCCCCCCCCCCAUUAAAAAAUGAAAAAAUAAAUAUACAGCAUGUAAAAAUAUGAGGAAGAAAACAAAGAAAAAUAUAUAAAAUUCUAUAAAAUACCAAAAAAUGUAAAACCCAACUAGACUAAAAAAAAAAUAGGGUGGUUGUACAACUGGCUAUCAUAAGUUGAAUGCACCAAUUUGUAAGUCGCUCUGGAUAAGAGCGUCUGCUAAAUGACUUAAAUGUAAAUAAUCAAUGUUCCCUCAAAAACAAUUAGGCACUGAGCAUAUUUCAGGUCUGCUGAGCACAAGCUUGAACGUUGUGAAAAUUCUGUGCAACUUCCAGCGAGCGUUUACUGUGAACACUGAGACUGUACCCGCUUUAAGUUACAGUUCUAGCAGUGUCUAAGUAGGCUACUGUGGCUAUUUGAUAAUAAUGUAGGCCUAUCAGAGUGGCCUACCAUCAAAAACAAUGGAGAAAAUGCAUCCCAUAACAUUUUAACAUGGAAAUAGCUGCUCUAUCAUUCUGCCUACAGUAGCAGCCAAUGUCUGGUGUUCAAUGUAUGCCAACAUUCCAUGAGGCUUUUGAAAAAAACAUGCAGGGCUUGACAUUAACCUGUUUAUCCACUUGUCCUUCAGACAAGGAGGUGACUGAAAAUGUUGUUGUGUUGUUUGAUGCAAGAAACCACUUUACAAAAUAAUUACAGAGAAUCAGACAAAUUAUGCUACCCUCUGCCUAUUGGCUACUUAGCUUAUUCAAGCCUGUCUCAAAAUACAACACUGCCCCUUUAAGACAAAAAAAGCUCUUUACUCAACUCGCUUUUUAAAGAUGUCUAUAAAAAUGUACACAUUUUGUGCUCUUGUAGGAAGCAAUCACUCCCCUAUUGCUGACUACAAAUGAUCUAUAACUGGGCUAAUAACUCACCAACUAGCAAAGGAUAUUAACAAAAUGUGCACACGUGGCUACAUGCAGCUCUCGCUUUGAUCUCAAAACAAGCGCAUCUACUCACGACCGCUCAUGCUGUAAACACAGUCCAGUUCAAAGUAAAUGGCACAGGUCCAUAUAUGGCAAUGGUCUGAUUCGAUCACAAUUGCCAGAGUAAAGGGAAACGUUGAUAGUGUUAACAGGGAAAACUCUAGAACAGUGUCACCAACCUUUUCUGAGUCAAGAUCACAUUCUGAGUCAAAAUACAAGCCGAGAUCUACCGCUCAGAUAAAAAAGAAAAAAGAAAAAAAAAAGUACGCCUAUGCAACAUUAACCAAUUAAAAACAGGACUGUAGCAAUGAGGUUUGUGCAGUAAGCUAUAAGUCCAAUACAUUUUCGCCGAAUAUUGGCUUUGCUUGAAUUGCCCUGCCAAUGCAUUGUUGUUGGGCCAUUUAAAAAAAAAAGUUUUUCUACAUUUAAGGUAGGCUAUAUGAUCACACCGGUAAUAGAUCCGUUGUUGUAUUCCUUGUGAAGCACAGGUGAGUGAGCAUACAUUUAAAUAAUAAUUUGCUUUUUAUUUUUAUUUUACUGGGCUGAUGGGUGCCUGCAUCUGAUGGUCAGUCUCAGCAGAGGGAGAGAGCAGCAGACUGAGGGUCCGCCUCUCAACAUCUCUCCGCUCUCCCUUUCCUCCACUGACACUGACCAAAAAGAGACACAGUCUUCCAGCUGAUGGCGAAACUCGAGUUGCACUACAUUAUUUCUGCCUCAUGCACAAAUACUCAUAUGAACUGAGAAAGUUAAAUAUUCUUUGAUAUUAAAAAAGACCCAAGCCGCUAAUAAUAACAACAACGCAAGCCUAUCGAUACACUUUCCUACUCAUUCAUUACUGCUGCAGUGCUUGUUGCAGCGCUGAGUGGAAAUAGGAAGAACGCGCAUUUUAUGGCUUAUAAAAGUGUUGAAUACAAAGUGUUGACAGUGCUGAGUAAGAACAUGAACUCACUCAUAAAAACAGCAGCUCUUUGCUGUAUUCGUUGACAGUCUCUCUCUAGUCAUGGUUUUAAGCGUUUUGAAAUCUCUCAGUAUCAACUUUGCUGUAGCUUUCUUUUAUGCCUUCUACUUUACUGCAGACACAGUAAUCUGAGCCUUCCGAUUGGCCAGCGGUAGGCCUAUAGUGCACUUGAUUUGCUCUCCGGGCCUGCCGGGAAGGCAGAAUUUGUACCUUCAGACACAUGAAAUGGUUCAAAAUGGCAACAGUUCGCCGACCCGUCGCGCAGGGCAGCUGAAACAGGUGCACCUACCGCCAACAGCCCGAAACGAAUAACAAAUUAUUGGAACACAUCGUUGUUUUUUUUACAGAAAUCUUUGGCGAUAGACUAGGAAUGCCUUAGAGAUCGACCAGUCGAUCGCGAUAGACCGGUUGAUGACCACUGCUCUAGAAAGUUGAGUGAAGUAAAAUCUUGCGCUUCUCUCCAUGGGCUGAUAUUUAUUCUGUGCAGCAGUCCUGGGGAGCUGUGCUGCAGUCUCUGGGGCUUAGAGGGAACAUUGUUUAUAAUAAUCCAUCUUCUCUCUCUCUCUUUUUUCCUUUUCUUUUUCCUCAGCAUGUUGUGUUCUUCAUCGGUCGUUUGAUUGACAUCAUGGUCCCUGAUAUUCCUGAGGAUGUGGAGAUCAAAAUUAAGAGGGAGCACUACAUGGCCAAGGAGGCCCUGGCUGAGAACCAGGUGAGAACCCCUGUACCUCUUUCUAGAUACCCGUCAAUCAAUCAAUCAACCAACUGAUUAACCAAUCAAUCAAAUCUCUAUAUUAUUCACAGCCCCAGCUGAGUCUUCUACAGAUUAGAUAGUGUAUUUUCUUCCUAAUUAUCAAUCAUAGAAACCACUUUACUUUACACACAAUUUCUACACACCACAACAUAAAAGUUAAAAGCAUGCCUUGCAGUAGCGGCCGCUGAUUGGCUGGUGAUUUUGAUUGAUUGAUGAAGGGAUAUAACAACAAGCACAGACGCAUAAAUUUAAAACGAAGUAUCUUACUGGGGAUAGCUAGUGUACAUCACAAAGUAGGAUGAGCUGGCUAGCCGGUUUACUUUCCUAAAUAUUCAGAAAUAUUAGCUCAGAUAGAACUGGGCAUGCUACUAGCUCUAGCUAGCUUACUCUAGCUUAUCAAUGGUUUAAAAAGAAGGAACGGUCAGAUGCGUCAUAAUAGAACUAAAGCCGCACUGUGAGCCAGAUUUGAAACGGAAUGACAUUGAAAACAAUGGAGCAGGGUCUUUUUAAAUUCCUUGACUGAUGCAUGCUCAAUUUUCCGUCCCGACUCCCAGUCGUAAGCCCCAAGAAGCUCUAUAACCAUCCGUGAGCAAGCAUUUGAAGAAAGAAAGUGUAGACACUUGGUCGGUCAGAAUGAGAAACCCCUUACCAAUGACAUUAAAAUAGUGGCGGGACUGAAGUUGUGUGGACCAAUAAGGUGACAGGUCAUGUGGCGCAAGCAUCAGAAAAAGAAACAAGGGGUCUGACAUCACUGUACAGCACGGAGACCACUCAAAUCAAAUUGUUUUUAUCACAUGCUUCGUAGACAGGUGUAGACUAACAGUGAAAUGCUUACUUACUUUUUCCAACAAUGCAGAGUUAAAGAUAAGAUUAAAAAUUACAUAAAAAAUGUAAAUAUUGGCACAGCGAGUCAGGCUGCUCAGGACAGCCCGAUUGAUUACACAUGGUAUUCAAAGUUGAGGUCACGGGCUAAUUGUAGUGGGGCCACCACAUUUAUAUAAAAAAUAUAUUUUUAUUAAGAGUAUAAAUGAUUGGCCUCCCAAGUGGUGCAGCGGUCUAAGGCACUGCAUCACAGUGUUUGAGGCGUCACUACAGACCCGGGUUCGAUCCCAGGCUGUGUCACAACCGGCCGUGACCGGGAGUCCCAUAGGGCGGCGCACAAUUGGCCCAGCGUUGUUCGGGGCGGGGUUGCAGCGAUGAGAUGAUCAAAAUGGGGGGUAAAAAAGAGUACGGAUGGGACAACAUACAAACUUUUUUGAGAAAGAUCAUGUACAUUUUUUUUUUUUUUAGUAUACUUAGUUAUCUUAAUUUUGAUAAGACAGAUGAAAAUGUAAUAAAUUAAAUGUUGUUUGUUGAUGUAAAAACUGAAAUUGACUGAUUUGAAGGUUGUGUCGUUAGAUUUUGGUGGAGUCGCAGGAAUUUCAGGCACAUUUUUUUUACUAACUGCUGAAAAAGUUUGAAUAUUUUGGAACCUUAAAUCUAGUGGGGCUUCGCCCCUAACUCCAUAUUGGUUGAGCCGUGACUGGGCUGUUGAACAGUGUGGCAUAGGACAUAAUGUGGGCUACAAUACAUUCACAUCUGGUCCCUGAGACAUAUGCCACGUUCACAUGCUAGUGGGAACUAGGAAACUCAGAAAUGUCCGUCUUGCUAAUUGGUUGUAGUUAGACACGAGCCGCGUUCAACCAGUUAGCAAGUCAGAAAUGUCAGAGUUCCGACUAGCACUAUGUCUCAGGGACUAGAUGUGAAUGUGUGUUCCCUUUCCACCGUUUUUUGUAUUGUAUUAUUAUGUUGUAUUAUAGUGCAUUGGUUGUGUAUUUUGUAUGCUAAACUCACUAAAUGAAUUUCCACGUAAAUCAAGUUAUUGUGUCAUAUGGUAUGAAAAAAAUCCAAAGCUAACUUUCCAGAGUCAAUUAAUCCACCCUUUGCUUUCUUUUUGUUUCACACCCUGUAUGCUGCAGGCUUUGGGUAAGGUUGUUGUCCUAGAUGAGAAGGAGAAUCUGUCCACUGAGCUGCGACGCAGACCCAAACCUCAAACUUCCACAGCGUCUCCACCACGGGAGAGCGACUCACCACCACCCUUACUGAACCCAAUCCAAGAGGACCCAGACAGACCACUGCUCUGA